AUGGCGCAGAAUCUCGAAACCAGGCUGUCUGUACCUGACUUGCAGGAGGACAACCCUUGGGUAAUUCUCGCGAAAAAACACUGGUUGAAGCCGAGCAAAUCUCGCAAAGCGAAGCAAGACAUCAUCACCAGUGAAAUAUGGAACCCACUUGAGGCCGAAAAGUUUCCUACACGGUCGCUGUUGACUCUGGAGAAUCUGAAUAUUCUGGAAAAGCUCCUCUGGCCCACCUAUACCGAAGAUUCGUCGAACCACCAUGUCCUACUGAUCGCUAUAAUUGUAGGCAUUAAACAUGGAGAACAUUUGCCAAUAUGGGAUCACUUUCUCGAUCGUCCCGACGAUUUCUCCAAUCUGUUCCAUCGAAUUUUGUCUAUGAGCUUCGAUGCGUCGCUUUCUGGAUUUUCGAGGCUGUCAAUAUUGUCUUUCAUCAUAAGUUGCUUCCAAUCACUCGAAAAUAACAUGAUUCGGAAAGAAUGUGCGCCGUUAGUAUCGAUAUCCAUUUGGCAUAACCUGUCUACCGAAGAAACAAGGGAUCAAACUCUAGAAAAGGCACCGAUCUUGAAGAAGGCAUGGCGUGCUGCAGGAAAACGUUACGAUGCUGCGGAUGAAUCCACAAAAUCGAAAAUCCGAUUCGAAAGGUCGUGGCUCUUCACUUUGCUGCUUGAUUUUCUCCAAAAGCUUUACACCUCAGAACCAGCCCAAGUCGAUAAUAUACGAUACUGUGAGAGGUUUCUAGAGCUACUUGUGGACCUUGAGAGUCAGCUUCCGACAAGAAGAUACGUUAACACUCUUCUAAAAGACUUGAAUCUACUUGCUCUCAUUCGACUUUCUCCCUCGUACAGUUCUCCAAAUAACGCCUUGAUCCGGGAUUUCUACUCUCUACUACAACACUUUGUAGAUUUUGCUAUCAACGACUAUACAGGAGAAUCUUUGUCUACGCAAGACGUGUAUGAUAUUCACUGUCAACAACUAGCUCGGCUACAAAGAACCGCCAUCAAGCAUUUCAAGGGGAAAUUAAUGAUCCUCGCCCUCUCCAACUACGGAUCCAUUGAACAACGGUCAGAACUCGAAGGAAGUUUGUCUGUGCUGAAUGAUGUCGAGCUCCAAGAUCUCUGUGCACGACUUGGCUUUAGAACUUCAUACCCGAAACAAUUUCAAGUGCCAGCUAGUCGACAGCUUUAUCUCGAGGUUUUGGUGUCUCAUUUUGAAAGAAAGCUCUCUUUUCAAGAGUCAGCUACCAAACUCAGCAUCUUGCCUACCGAGGAAACCCUCUAUGAUUCUGCUUUGUUGCGAAAUGAGACUUAUGAUGGAUCUCGGCCCCUUGCCAUUCCCAAAUUGAAUCUUCAAUACUUGAGUUUGGGUGACUUUAUGUGGCGCUCUUUCUUACUAUAUCGUUCCGAGUCAUUUUACGAAAUUCGAAGGGAUUUGGAGGCUAUUGUGAAGCGACUACAAGCGCGACUGAACAAGGCAACUCGAGAAGUCACUUUCGAGGGAUUUUCAAGAAUGGCGAUUCCGAUACCUAAACCAGCCAUUAUUGAGGUGGCUCCGGCAAAAGUUGGGGCGACAACACCAGCCUUUGUCCGAGCUGAAGUUACUCUAGAGGUUGGUCGCCUCAAUGAUAAUAUACGAAAAGAAUGGGAGGCUCUCCGACCGGAUGAUGCCGUGUUUCUACUUGCAGUCACACCUCCGGCCUCAUCAAGAUCCAUCGAUUUCAGUGACCAACCUUCUUUAACGCAUGUUCGUACCGCUGAAGUAGUACAGGUCUUGGAUGAGAACGGGCGUGCAUUGCGUGAACAUCGAUCAAAUCAAGAGAAUGGAUACACUCGAAGACCACAGAUCAGACGGUUGCUUCUGAAUUUAGACACAACCGCGUUUCAAGCAGACAACACCCGCAAGUCUCAAGGAAAGCCUGAUAUCUACCCAUUGAUUAAUGUUGUAGUGCGAAGGAAAGGAAGAGAAAACAAUUUCAAACCUGUGCUUCAAACGAUGCAACAGCUUAUCACGUCGGAUGUUGCACUUCCUUCGUGGUUUCAAGAAAUUUUUCUUGGUUAUGGUGAUCCGUCUAGUGCUCGCUAUACCGAACUUCCUAACCGUGUCAAGUCUCUUGACUACCGCGACACAUUCCUAGACUGGCAGCAUCUAGUUGAGAGCUUUCCCGGAAAGACGAUCGAGCCUCAUGCCCAAGAAUCCUCCAGUUUUGGUCCGCCCUAUGUUCUUCAGGAAGUGGAUACACCUCUUCCAAGCAUCUCUAUCUCGUCGAAGAAGCGUCGACGGGCCCACGCCGAUGCGCAGCCUGAAGUGAGCUCGGUUCAUGUAUCAACCUAUAAGCCUCCAAACCGCGGUCCAUAUCCGGUAGAUGCACCUAAGCUCAACUCCGUUCGUUUUACGCCUGCACAGGUCGAGGCGAUAACAUCAGGCAGCCAACCAGGACUAACAGUCAUUGUUGGUCCUCCAGGAACAGGAAAAACCGACGUGGCAACACAGAUUAUAAAUAAUAUUUAUCACAAUUUCCCGAACGAACGAACACUUCUCGUCGCUCACAGCAACCAAGCUCUUAACCAGCUUUUUCAGAAAAUCGUGGCGCUUGAUAUUGAUGAGCGCCAUCUUCUCCGACUGGGCCACGGUGAGGAAGAGUUAGAGACCGAGACAAAUUAUAGCAAAUAUGGACGAGUCGAAUCGUUCCUGGAGAACCGCGGUCAUCUGUUGGCAGAAGUAGAUCGUCUAGCCGCUUCGAUUGGAGCUUUAGGUGCUCAUGGUAACUCAUGUGAGACGGCCGGAUAUUUCAACACUGUUUAUAUUCAACCGGCAUGGGUGAAAUUCUGGGACAAGGCACAUUCUGAGCAAUCCUCUGUUGAAGAUAUCGUGAAUUCUUUCCCAUUUCACUCUUAUUUUGCAAAUGCGCCCAAGCCUCUCUUCGAACCUGGAAGUUCAAAGGAAGCUGUUCUGGAUGCUGCCACAGGCGGACAACGUCAUAUUGAUAAGAUCUUUUCCGAACUAGAGGAUAUUCGUCCUUUCGAGAUUUUAAGACAGCCUCGCGAUCGCGCAAACUAUCUUCUUAUCAAAGAGGCUAGGAUAAUCGCCAUGACUUCCACACACGCAGCAAUGCGACGCCAGGAAAUCGCUGAGCUAGGUUUCCGUUACGACAAUGUUAUCAUGGAAGAAGCGGCGCAAAUCACCGAGAUCGAGACCUUCAUUCCAUGUGCAUUGCAGGAUAUGUCGAAUGGAGAAUUACCGUUGAAACGAGUGGUCCUAUGCGGCGAUCACUUCCAGAAUUCGCCUAUUGUACAGAAUCUCGCGUUUAGGCAAUAUGCCAAUUUCGAGCAAAGUCUCUUCCUACGGCUAGUCAGGUUAGGUGUACCUACCAUCACACUUGACCAACAAGGCCGAGCACGACCGAGCAUUGCGGACCUCUUCAAGUGGCGGUAUCAGAAUUUGGGACAUCUUCCUGCAAUUGAAGAGAAACAAGAGUAUAAGAUUGCCAAUCCCGGUUUCCGUUUUGAGUAUCAGUUCAUCAAUGUCCCGGAUUACAAUGGCGUCGGCGAAAGAGAACCUAGUCCUCAUUUCAUCCAAAACGUUGGAGAAGCCGAAUACGCCGUUGCCAUUUUCCAAUACAUGCGACUUCUCGGGUAUCCGGCAUCAAAGAUCUCGAUUCUCACGACCUACGCGGGACAAAAAGCUUUGCUUCAAGAUGUCGUGAACCAUCGCUGCGCAAAAAAUUCACUUUUCGGCUCGCCUAAGAUUAUUACUACCGUUGAUAGAUACCAAGGUGAACAAAACGACUACGUUAUUCUUUCCCUUGUUCGCACGCGAACAGUCGGUUAUCUACGUGAUCUUCGACGUCUGACUGUGGCACUGUCUCGGGCUAGACUCGGUUUAUACAUCCUCGGUCGACAAGACGUCUUUGCCUCAUGUUAUGAACUAAAACCGGCAUUUGACAUGCUCGCACAGAGACCUAACAAGCUGAUGCUCGUGCCUGGUGAAUUGUUCCCCACGACUCGGUUACAGGAGGAUGAAAUCGAGGCUACAGCAAUGGAAAGUGUCGAGCAUAUGGGCCAAUAUGUCUUUGAGAUGACAGAGGCAAAACUCAAGGCGUUGGGCGCCGAGCCUAUAAUUGAAGACUAUGAGCCGGAUGCAGAGAACGAAGAGUUGUUCGACGAGGAUGAGUAG